UGUUUCUGGUGUUUCUGUGAGCUUCAAGGCCAGUGUGGUCGCUUCUUUAAUCUAUACGGCUUUUCUUUACAGGAUUGUCAUUAUAAACACGCCUCACGAUCCAUGUCGGCCACUCAGCCACGCCCCAAGCGGGCUGGUGAAGACUUCGCCCGCACACAUCAGGAGCCUGAAGACGAUCCGAACGGGCCUUCUAGCAAAAGACCUAAGUUUGAUCUCCGAAACCCUUCCGCUCUUGCUCCGGAUGCGCUUGAAGAGGAUGCCAUUUUGGACGCGGACGAAAUCGGUCGGCGCGGGCAGCAAGUACGACGCAAAGCUGUGAAUCUUGACGGCUACGACUCAGACAGCGAAAAUGAAGGAUUCGAUGCGCGAGCUGAAGCUCAGGCCAAAAAUAAGCAAAAGGAAGAUGCGGCAGAUGAUGACAUGUUUGCUGAGCUACAAGAGGACUUCGGCGCCGAGGAGAUCGAUGCCGAUGAAGCUUUAAGGAAGAGCAAAAAAUCCGUGCGCUUUUUACGAGACGAUGAAAUCGAAGGUCAGGUCGCUUCAUCUAAAGGUGGUGGUACACUACAUGCAGACUUGCGUAAAGGCGCAGACAAGGUCGAUGCAGAAGAUGUGGAAAGUGAAAGCGAUGUAGCAGAAGAAGACCGCGCCAGGGUUGAUGAGGAUAUGGACGAGGAACUGGGUGCUGGGUCGAAGAAAAAGCAUGCGCCUUUACUUGAUGCAUUCAAUAUGCGGGCAGAGCAGGAAGAAGGCAAAUUUGAUGAUCAAGGAAAUUACAUACGGAAGGCGGUAGACCCUGACGCUAUCUACGAUUCGUGGCUUGACGGGGUAUCGAAGAAGGAUAUUCGGCGCGCCAGAGAAGCUGCAGAGCAGAGAGAGGCUGAGAGGAAGGAAAGAGAUCGGAUGGACGAUAGCGUCCUAACGGGCGAUGUCUUGAAGACCCUUAUAAGUCACCUUGAACGAGGCGAAACUAUACUGGAGGCGUUAGCCAGACUAGGGAGAGGGGCUCAAAAGAAGCCCAAAUGGCAGAACAAACGCAAUAAAAACCGGAAAGCUAUGGAGGACACAGAAAUGACCGAGGAUGACCCGAAAGAAGUCGCUCGAAAGCAGGCGAUCGAUGCAAUCACUGGAGCAGCAGAUAUCCUUCUCACGCGGGGACAAGGGGAGAUCUAUGAUACAGAACGCGAACUCCUCACUCGUCAAUAUCGUCGCGAGACAGGCGAGGAUUGGGUAGACCCCCUUUCGCAAGAUACAAGGGAGGAUACCUCUACGAUGUGGGAAUUUCGUUGGUCGGACGCCCGCGAUGGUGGAAUUGUUCACGGCCCCUAUGAUAGUGCAACGAUGGAGUCGUGGAGGAACGCUGGGUAUUUUGGUGAAGGCGUUGAAUUUCGAAAAACGACAGAAGAGAGUGGAUGGAAUACUCAGGCUAAUUUUGUACAAUAAUAAAGGCAAAUGGGGGAUCCUACUUAUAGCCUCAAUGGAUACCAAGCACUAAAUAUGAAUUUCAUGAUUAUCAUUGAAGCUUAGGCUCUUUUCGAUAGAAUCCAAUUCGAACCCGAAUAUCAAGGUACCCACAAGAGCUCUGAAUA